GUCUUUGUAUUUCCUGUCCCGGCUCCCAGCCCUCAGCUAUUCAGGGGCCCCCACCCCCUCAGCCGCCUCAUUCAGGUGCAGAAACAUCCCUGCAGAGGUUCCCGGGUCGGGGAAGUUCUUGCGUCGGGACCAAGGACCAGGACCAGAUAUUGCAGCAGAGGCUGUGGCUGUCCGUCAGGGAAGUACAAGGGACUCAGGACCAGGCACUGGGCGAAGACGGGCGGGGUCUCUCCUCACAGUCACGGGACGAGAAGAGCCGAGCAGGAAGGAAGCAUUCAUUGCACUUCUCUCAUUUCUCCAUUUUUUGGUUGGAAUCCUUCUGGAAGGAGCGACGGCCCCUCAGAUCUCUGGCUGCUCUGAGGUUCAGUGUGUAAAGGACAGGCAGGAGAAAGCUCGGAUUUAUUUCCCCUUUAUUUGCUAGUUUUCAAAAUAAAUUACCUGUGGUGACCAGCCAGGGUUUUUGGCUGGCUGGUUUUGAAGGCCAUUGUGAGCUCCCGAGUCUGGUUCUGUGCUGCUUCCAGAGCUCUGCAGUGACUGUUCGGUUGGUCCUUCCCUCUGGCCAGGGGACCCUCCUCCGUGGGGUCUGGGUCCCUCACAGUUUGGUGCUCUCCCACGUGAGUGCCCGAGUGCGUGUUCUGGGGGGACUAGGUGGGAAGAGGGAAGCUCCUCCGCAGUCCUGGGUCCUGGUCAGUGAUGUUGAAACGUGCCUCCGUGUGACGGCCGUCCCUCCUCCGCAGGUGUGGGCGGCCUGGCCAGCAUGCCCCCGCUGCCGGCGGUCGCGCCAGUGCCAAUGGGGACCCUCCCCGUGGUCGGGAUGUCCCCCCCCCUCGUCUCCUCCGUCCCUCCAGCAGCAGUGCCUCCCCUGGCCAACGGGGCGCCCCCGGUCAUGCAGCCGCUGCCUGCGUUCGCCCAUCCUGCAGCCACAUUGCCAAAGAGUUCUUCUUUUAGUAGGUCUGGCCCAGGGUCCCAGCUGAACACUAAGUUACAGAAGGCGCCCUCACUCGACGUGGCGAGCGCCCCGCCGCUGGCCGAGUGGGCGGUGCCCCAGUCGUCCAGGCUCAAGUACCGCCAGCUGUUCAACAGCCACGACAAGACCAUGAGCGGACACCUCACAGGUAUUGCAGAGGAGAGAGCGUG